AUGAAAGGAAAAGCAGUUGCAGAAAGUUCGGCACAGAAAGGAGAGCCCAUGUUUCAGCUUUAUGACAGCACGACAAUGAAUUUCUCAGGAGGUGCGCCAGUAGAUGGGCCAGCUCAGGAUGGCGGAUUUCCAUUACUAGAUUCCCAGCAGAAAACAUAUGUCAUGCCCGUAGAGGUUAAGGAGGAACAAGGAAGAGAUCUUACUGUAGAGGAAUACAAAAAGAUGGAAAAAUGGAUGAAUUCAAUUGAAGGAUUUGGGCCUGUUGGUGCUUUAAGUCCACAUAAGCUAUGUUUGGUGAAAGAUCUGAUCAUUCCUCUUGAUUUCAAGCUUCCUGCUUUUACUCUCUUCGAUGAUCCGUCUUCUGUUGAGACUUGGGAGGAUUUGGCUAAUUUAUUCCUUAAGAAGUAUGAGCAUAACAUGGAGAAGGUCCCUACCAUCUAUGAUCUUCAGUGUACUGUCAUGAAGGAAGGAGAAAGUUUUCGGGAUUGGGCCUAUAGAUGGAGAGACUUAGCAUCCCAGACACACCCUCCGCUAGCGGAACAAGAUCUAGUUAAUGCAUUCAUUGACGCACUUCGAGAGCCUUAUACUUCAAAAAUUGCUGGAGGAGGGCACGCAGGUUUAGGAGAAAUGAUCCGAGCAGGGGAACGUAUUGAGAGAUGCAUGCAAAGGGGAAAUAUUAGCAUUAGUGUCCCGAUGCUUGAGAAGCCAGAGUAUCAGAAAGGAGGGAAGAUGAAGAAAAAGGAAAACGAGGUGCAUACCGUUAAUUAUAGUGGCAAUCCCACUUAUGGGUCUCCCACUUCUGAUUACAGGCCGCGAAGCAAUGCUCCCAGGCUGUCUAGUCCAUAUAACCACUACCCAAACUCAAAUUCCUACCUGCCACCUCAGUAUUCUUAUCGACCACCACAGCAGACUUACCAACCACCUCAACAAGCUUACCGGCCACCACAGCAGACUUACCAACCACCUCAACAAGCUUACCGGCCACCACAGCAGAAUUACCAGCCACCUCAGCAAGCGUACCAAUCACCCCGCCAAAAUUACCGAAACCUUGAAAAUAAUCCCAGGCCGCAAAGGCAGAUAGAGCAGUUCGCUCCGAUACCCAUGACUUAUGCCCAAUGUUAUGACAAGUUAUUAUCAAAUUCAGCUAUUGCACCUAUCCCGGGAGGGGGACCCCAAAAUCCACCUUAUCCUCAUUGGUACAACCCUGAGGUGACGUGUGCCUAUCACGGGGAGUCGCCUGGACAUUCAAUUGAAAAUUGUCUGGCCUUCAAGAGGAUUGUGCAAAAUAUGGUCAAUUCUGGAUGGUUGAAUUUUGAUGGGAUCAGGAAGCCCGAUGUAACCACUAAUCCUCUGCCGGAUCAUGGCAAUGGAGGUACCAAUGUUGUUGAGGAUUCGGGUGAGUUUAGGAGGAAAAUUGCGGAGGUAACUAUGUCUCUGAGUUUGGUGCUGGGUGCUUUGGAAAAGGAGGGACUUAUACAAAAAGAGGAGUUGGACUUGACGUUGAGAUAUGACGGCUAUGAUGAGUUAAAGACUUCAAAGGUGCAGGAUUUGAUUGAUAGCAAGAAAGUAGUAUUUGGUGUGAAGCCAGGGUGCCCGAAUGCAGUCAAUGUUAUUGGAGAUGAAUUCUAUAUAGGACCAAGGACCGGUGGUCGGGCAAAGCCAAUUGUUUUGCAAUACUUUUUGGAAGAUCAACCAUUUGUCAAAAGUCCACAUCCUUCAAGGCCUGCUUACGUGAGUAAUAAGGCUGUUCCGUGGGUAUAUGAGAAAAAUGAAUCUGGGGUUGCUGUGGAUAAUAUCUCAGGGGUGAGUAGGAUAACCCGAACUGGAAGGGUUUACUCUCGAGAGGAGUCAAGUGACCCAGUGAUAGGAGCAGAAGCUGAAAGGAAAAGGAAGGGAAAGGAUGUUGUGGGAGCGGAAGAGAAUUUGAAAGAUUUGAAGAAAGACCAGAUUGUAUGCGAAGAAGUUAAGAAAGCAGUGACUGAUGGAGAAAUGCAGGAGUUUCUAAAGAUUGUCCGUCAAAGCGAAUAUAUGAUUGUAGACCAACUGAAAAAGACCCCAGCAAAGAUUUCCAUCCUGGAAUUAAUCAUGAGUUCGGAGCCACACCGUAAAGUGUUGUUGAGAAUGUUGAAUCAAGCCUAUGUGCCAGAAAAGAUACCGACAGAAUCUUUUGACGGGAUCGUCGGAAAUGUGCUCGCAACUCACUUGUUAUCAUUCACUGAAGAGGAGAUUCCAGAUGAAGGGAUGGGCCAUAACAAGGCGUUGCAUAUUUCUGCCAUGUGUAGGGGUUUUGAAGUGGAGAUAAUGGGGGAGAUCGAGGUCCCUCUGGAGAUCGCAAAUGUCACAUUCAAUGUCCCCUUUAUGGUGAUGGAUAUAUCGCCUACUUAUAGUUGCUUGUUAGGGAGGCCGUGGAUUCAUACUGCUGGUGUAGUACCGUCGUCUUUACAUCAUAAUCUUAAAUUUGCUCACGGAGGAAGAGUUUACAUUGUUAAGGGCCAGUCGGAAUGGAUGGUGGCUAGCAUUUCAAACUCACUCCAUAUUGAUGCACCCCUGCAGGGGAUUGAAAGCUCAUUCCAGUCCUUUGAAAUUGCUACUGCCAGUUUUGUGAGGGAAGAGCAGCUUCUGGUGCAGCCCCGUUUAUCAAAAGCUGAGCGCUGGGGACUUGGGUAUAAGCCCAGUAGAGCUGAUAAGGUACAGGCCCAAGCUGAGAAGCAGGCAAGGCGAAUUGCUCGUUUUGAGGGUCGAGAGCUGAAUGUUCUGAAAAGGUCAAUCCCCUGGUUGUAUGACAGUUUCGUGUUUGGAGAUUUCUUGGAAAAAGUCAAUCCGCUCAAUGUAGGGGCAAUUCCAGGAAAAUUGAUCCUUAAUUUCCCUGUUGAUCAAGUUGAAAGGAGUCUAGCUGGGGCAAAUUUUGAAAAAUUGUGUGAGCAGUUGGAAGAUUUUCAUGUUACUGUUAUAGAAGAGGAUCGGAACUCUGCUGCUAAGCGUUAUUACGUCGUUCCUCGGCCUCCAGGUUUUGAGCUUAACAACUGGACCAGUUUCGAAUUGCCAGUCUCGAUCAACUGCCAUCAAGAGUAA